AUGGCAGCCACGUGCGGACUCAGAAGCCCAAGGCCACGGCCCGCACUCACCUGUGCCGCAGCGCGCCAGCCAGCUGCGCCAAAAGCUAGAAGCAGGGACGCAGCGCAGCACGGAGGGCCGGACUUUUCAAUUUGCGCGGGAUGGCCCGAGACUCCGCCCAGAAGAAGUGACGUCACCUCCUCUGCGACGUCUGCUCCGCUUCCCACGGCUCCCCGCUUCCUGCCUGAGUCACCAGGUCCUGGCCACCUGGAUACCUGCAUCCACCACCGCAGUCAGCCCCUGGACUCCGAAGCGUCCUUAUGGAGGAUGAGCGGAGCUGGCUCAGCUGCCUUACAGGGCAUGGCUCCCGGAACGCGCGUUGAGCUCCUUUCGCAGGCUGAUGGAGUCGUGGAUCUCUCCCAAUUGCGGCCUCAGGUCCAGGCGCUGAAGCUGGGAGAACGCCGCCCUGUGUUUAUGUUGAGGUUUCUAAACUUAAAAAGGGUCCUGGCUGGAACUGUCCCUAGUGCUUGUGUUGUGCUGCUUACCCUGGCUCUUAACAGGCGCUGCACGUGGUUCCAGGGACACAGUGAUCUAUCCUGGAGAAUGUUCCAUGUACACUUGAGAAGAAUGUGUAUUCUGCUGAUUUGGGAUGGGAUGAAGUAUGUAUGUAUUAAGUCUACAUGAUCUAAUACCAUUUGAGUCUAAUGUUUCUACAU